AUGUUCCGGGAUUCUUCCGAUGGCAUUGAGGAGUACACCACAUCAGUCACCGGCUUUAUCACUAAGUGCACCAAGGACGUCGUCCCCACAGUGACUAGCUUGCAAACUAUUACAGACUACAAAGGGAAGCACAGUCGCGAGCUGUCCAAUGACACGAGCCUACCAGACGAGCUAAAUAACUUCUAUGCUCGCUUCGAGGCAAGCAACACUGAGGCAUGCAUGAGAGCAUCAGCUGUCCCGGACGACUGUAUAAUCACACUCUCCGUAGCCGACAUGAUGCAGCAGAUUGAGAGCAUCAAGAUCCUUGGUGUCGUGAAGAGGGCACGACAACGCCUAUUCCCCCUCAGGAGACUGAAAAGAUUUGGCAUGGGUCCUCAGAUCCUCAAAAGGUUCUACAGCUGCACCAUCGAGAGCUUCCUGGCAACUGCUCUGCCUCCGACCGAGGUGGAGGAGGUUAAAGAGGAGCUGGUGAACAUCGUUAAGGAGAAUGUGGUGAAGAGGGUGAUAAAGAGCGUGUCUCAGGUGGGGAUAAAGAGUGAGGUGAGGGAGGUAGUGCCCGUGGUGAAGAUGGACACACGUUUCUUCGGAGAGCUGCUGGCGGAGGUUUACAGGAAGAACUGUGACAUCCACACCUGCAUCUCAGAACACGUGGCCAAGAUACGUGGAAGGAAACACCUCUUAGAUCCCAGUAAUGACUACAAGGUAAAGAGAGAGGACAUUGAGGCCCUGAUCCCCAAAGGAGCAUCUGAGCUGACCAAACAGCAGCUCCGCUACCUGCUGCAGACCCGUAUGACAGCAGACAAGACCAUGCGUCUCCUUCUGACUACCUUCAGCAGCCUGAGGGAGGAGCUGAUCCACAUGUCAGAGGAUCUGAGGCGUCUGGAGAGUGAGAAGGAGUCCCUGGAGAGAGACCUGAGCUUCAAGGCUGACCAGGCUGAGCAGUAUGACCGCCUCCUAGAGGCCAUACGAGAGAACAACAGACAGCUACAGAUAUCUCUGAAGGAGACCAGCUCCAGCCAGCGGACCCUGGAGACUCAGCUCCUGAGCAGCCGCACUACAGACUCAAACAGGGACUUCCGCAUCAAAGAACUGGAGGGCAGCUACCGAGCCCUGGAGAAGGAGAACGAGAUGCUCAAACAGAAGUUGGCUGGCCAGUGCAGCAAUAGCACCAUUCAGAUGAAUACAGAGGAGCUGUCACGUCAGUACUCAGAGCAGCUAGCUGCCCUGCGCCAGGAGAAGGACAAGGAACUGCAGAGCCUCAGGUCCCAGCUGACGCGGAUCACCACAGAGUACACCACGGAGAGGUCAGGUGACAAGAGCCUGCAUCUCCGCAUCACACAGCUGCUGACAACACUGGAGCAGCGGGAGGUUGUCAUCAAACGUCAGGAAGAGGACAUCCGGCGGUUGCAGCAGGAGAAGAAGAGAGACAGCUCCAAGAACGUCACCACGACCACUAUCACCAAAAGGUACAGGAACCAGUACCCCCUCCUGGGCCUGCUAACUGAUGACUACAAUUCCACAUCGCCUGUCAAGGAUACCAAGACCAUCGUAAUCGAGAGCCGGACGGGGGAGAUGAUCAAACAGGAAAUCAUUACAAGCCCUUAAAGACACUGCUUCUCUCGGACAAAUUACAACCCCUUAAAGACACUGUUUCUCUCUGCUCGGCUGAGGAAUGAACGACAAGAAGACCUUGACCCCCCCCCCCAGCAUGCUUCCCUCUCCCCGUCCCUCGUCCUCGGGGCUCCCAGGGUGGUGGUGGCAGGGGUUCAGCACCCCUAUAUAUGGGAUGGGUGGUUUUGACCAAAUGGGGUUUGCUUGGACAGGAGGCUUCACUUUGGCUGGGAUGGGGGGCAUCAAAUACUCAACAACCAAAUAUGUUAUAGUAGAAGCUUAGCGGUUAAGAGUGUUAGGCCGGUAACCGAAAAGGUUGCUGGUUCGAAAUCCCUGAGCCGACUAGGUGAAAACUCUGUCUGUGCCCUUGAGUAAGGCACUUAACCCUAAUUUCUCCAGUAAGUCACUCUGGAUAAGAGUGUCUGCUAAAUGACUCAAAUGUAAAAUGCUUAUGCUUAUAGCCAGGAGGGCUGAGAGUGGACAGGAAGAGGGGGCUGGGGCUUAUUCGUAUGCAGCUCACUAGUGUGUCUGUCCUCCGUGGAGCCACCACUACCCUGCUAGUCUUUAGGACAUCUCCUCCAAAUGUGCUACAGUGAUAGUAUGGUUACUAUGCAUAUAAAUAAGGAAGCUAAAUAUGCUUUAAUUAUGUGCUAAUUAAAGAGACUGUAUGAUCAAAUUUGCUUUGUUCUGCCUCUGUUCUGGUCUUUUGCUUUUCUUUUGUGGCAAGGUACAUAGUUGUGUUAUGUUUCAGCUGCAUUUUGUUUCAUGUUUAUACCUUAAGAGGUGCAUGGGUAUGUUUUGUUGUUGUUAUUGAAUGGAACGCUGCGCUUGGGGUUGGGGAGGGGGGUUGGAGUGGGGUGUAUUAGAAUAUCAGUGACUGGGUUGGACAUGGCCUGGGGGCAUGGUUCUAUGGAUGAUAUAAAAUGGUGGAUGAACUGAACAUUUUAAAAGUAAAAUUAACAAUGUAUGAAGUAGCAUGUUUUUCCUUUGGAUUGUUAUCUGCUGAAGGGUCAUUAUUUCAUUGCGGUGGUAAAUGCUGUCCCUUUGAAACUAUAUAAAAACACUUUCAAAUGACAAAAACGUUUUCCAUUUUAUGUAACUAUUAGAAAACAUAAACUCAGCAAAAAAAAAGAAACUACUAUUUUUCAGGACCCUGUCUUUCAAAGAUAAUUCGUAAAAAUGUAAAUAACUUCACAGAUCUUCAUUGUAAAGGGUUUAUACACUGUUUCCAAUGCUUGUUCAAAGAACCAUAAACAAUGAAUGAACAUGCACCUGUGGAACGGUCGUUAAGACACAAACAGCUUACAGAUGGUAGGCAACUAAGGUCACAGUUAUGAAAACUUAGGACACUAAAGAGGCCUUUCUACUGACUCUGAAAAACACCAAAAGAAAGAUUCCCAGGGUCCCUGCUCAUCUGUGUGAACGUGCCUUAGGCAUGCUCAGGGAGGCAUAAGGACUGCAGAUGUGGCUAGGGCAAAAAAUUGCAAUGUCCGUACUGUGAGACGCUUAAGACAGCACUACAGGGAGACAGGAAGGACAGCUGAUUGCCCUCACAGUGGCAGACUACGUGUAACAACACCUGCACAUGAUCGGUACAUCUGAACAUCACACCUGCGGGACAGGUACAGGAUGGCAACAACAACUGCCCGAGUUACACCAGGAAUGCACAAUCCCUCCAUCAGUGCUCAGACUGUCCGCAAUAGGCUGAGAGAGGCUGGACUGAUGGCUUGUAGGCCUGUUAUAAGGCAGGUCCUCACCAGACAUCACUGGCAACAACAUCGCCUAUGGGCACAAACCCACCGUCACUGGACCAGACAGGACUGGCAAAAAGUGCUCUUCCAUGACGAGUCGCGGUUUUGUCUCACCAGGGGUGAUGGUCGGAUUCGUGUUUAUCAACGGAGGAAUGAGCGUUACACCGAGGCCUGCACUCUGGAGCGGGAUCGAUUUGGAGGUGGAGGGUCCAUCAUGGUCUGGGGCAAUGUGUCACAGCAUCAUUGGAUUGAGCUUGUUGUCAUUGCUGGCAAUCUCAACGCUGUGCGUUACAGAGAAGACAUCCUCCCUCAUGUGGUACCCUUCCUGCAGGCUCAUACGGACAUGACCCUCCAGCAUCACAAUGCCACCAGCCAUACUGCUCAUUCUGUGCGUGAUUUCCUGCAAGACAGGAAUGUCAGUGUUCUGCCAUGGCCAGCGAAGAGCCCGGAUCUCAAUCCCAUUGAGCGCAUCUGGGACCUGUUGGAUCGGAGAGUGCGGGCUAGGGCCAUUCCCCCCAGAAAUGUCUAUGAACUUGCAGGUGCCUUGGUGGAAGAGUGGGGUAACAUCUCACAGCUAGAAUGGGCAAAUCUGGUGCAGUCCACAAUGAGGAGAUGCACUGCAGUACUUAAUGCAGCUGGUGGCCACACCAGAUACUGACUUUUACUUUUGAUUUUGACCCCCAUUUUGUUCAGGAACACAUUAUUCCAUUUCCGUUUGUCACAUGUCUGUGGAACUUGUUCAGUUUAUGUCUCAGUUGUUGAAUCUUGUUAUAUUCAUACAAAUAUUUACACGUUAAGUUUGCUGAAAAUAAAAGCAUUUGACAGUGAGAGGACGUUUCUUUUCUUGCUGAGUUUAUGUAAGUCCUUUAUAAUGCAACAAAUCUAUUAGUGUGCAUUGUACAAACUACUGGGGGCUAGACAACUGGCUUGUUCCCAGGGUUAUGUGUAGUGACAUGUUUUGGGGAUUUAGAGAUCGAUCUAGUAUUUUGAAUUCUAGACAGUGAACAAAAGUAUUUAAUUUAUUGUAUAGAUCAAUAAAAACAAAGAAGGCUAUUAAAAUCAUUUCUUUUUUACUAGUAUAAUGUGUGUCCCUCAGUUUUAUGUCAUUGGUGUUACCGCCUUGAAAAUCACUGAUAUACAAGAACCUUGAGCAAACUCUCCGGUGGCAAACUGUUAUCAGGGGAGGGGUUUAUAUUAAAUACAAUUAUUGGCUAAUCACACCCUUUUAGUAUGUCAUAAAUUUGAGGAUUCCAUUGUUUAUUUGGUGUGUCUAAAUCCAGUAUCACUUGGUGUUAGUCGAUUUAAAUGAAGGGAUGUAACAUUGUGAGCAAAAUGAUUCAUCUUAUCACAUUAUAUAUAAAGGAUUGAUGACCUUAGAUAUGAGCAUUUGUGGCCUCCAUUUCAGAAAAUCCUAAUUAACCUAGAAUGUCUCAUUGGUGUUACCAUCAUUGGUGUUACUACUCCUACUGGUGGCACAGUGCUAUCUGAAUCGUAAACAAAUAUUUAAUGUCAUUGAGCUACCAUAUUUGUUGAUUUAGAAUGUAC